AUGGUUGCUGCAGACUUUGUAGUCGGGAUCGUAGGAAACAUCGUCUCUAUACUGAGUUUCACUUCUCCCAUAUCACAAUUUCGGGAGAUUGUGAAGAGAAAAUGUGCUGACAGCUACAAUGGAACACCAUAUAUUGCAACGCUUUUGAGUUGCUCUUUGUGGAUUUUGUAUGGACUACUUGACCCGGAUGAAGGUCUCCUUAUUGUCACUGUUAAUGCAGCUGGUGUCGCCAUGCAAUCCCUCUACCUCAUUCUACUUUUCAUUUAUUCAUCAAAGGAAAAAAGGGUUAAAUAUUUCGGGUUUGUGGUGUUGGAUGUUGUGUGUUUUGGAGUGGUUGUGGCUUUCACGCUUGUGGCAUUUGAAGGCGGAUCACGACGUACGUUUACAGGCAUUCUUUGUGCAACUUUCACAACAAUGAUGUAUGCUGCACCUCUGGCUGCAUUGAGAACAACAAUAAAGACAAAGAGUGUGGAGUAUAUGCCGAUUCUCCUUGUGUUCUCUCUUUUUGUCAACGGGUGUGUUUGGCUCACAUUUGCUUUGCUGGUCACAGAUGUUUUCGUCCUUGUGCCAAAUGCGAUAGGGAUAUUGCUAGGAGUCUUACAGUUCUGUGUUUACUUGAUGUGCAAAAACUCGACACCUAAAGCUAUGGUGAACGAAAAGGAAACUGAAAUUCAAGACUUUUCUUUUGGAGACAUUGCUGUUAUUGAUGUGAAAGCCAACAAUGCAAUUCCACAAAAGCGUGCUUUGAGUCGACUAGACGCCUUCCCGAUUAUAAGAUCGCCAUCCCUCAGCCCUAAGAGGCCCAACUCUACUCAACAUCAUGAAGCUGAUGUUGAACAUGGUGGUGCAAAUUAA